AUUGGUGACAAGUUAUAUCCCUUUUUCUUUUCUUUUUACAACGAACGUUGUAGAUGCUUUUUAGGUUGUUUCACAGGCUAAUGGUUAACUAGGGCAUACCAAUCUUUAACCAAAUGCCAGAUGAAAAAACAGGUGAUGCUGCAGUUUUAAAAGCCUACUAUAGUAUCUUGAAUAUGAAAGUGAAACUGUUUCUGAUUAAAACCAUCUCUCCCUCAAGCUGUGUACUUUUUCAAUUUCCUCUGGGCAUCAAAGAAGGUGGUCAGAUUGUCUUUCAAUAGUCAUCAUCCAAAGAAAUUCACACACCAUUAUGGUUCGAGGUAAUUAUUUUAACAGGACACUGACCUACCACUUAUUUAAAUAACGUUUCAGGCCAGAUCUUAGGUUAGGCUAAUAAGCUGUCUGGGCAGUGAUCUAAACCAAAACAUUGCUACUUUUAGUUUUAGGGUCUGUACUUUACUUUUCUCUUUUUCAUCAAUUAUAAAACAGAGGUGCCAAGGUUGAUGAGGUACUACACCAUCACCACUGGCAAUACUUUGGAUUCUCAUAUCCAGUUUAUGAGACAGCUUGGAGGAGGCUUCACUGAAGUGAUGUCACCAGAGCAGAGUGAUGUCAUCAUGGCUUUCUGUCCCAUCGUCUCUCGUGCUGGUACUGAUAUUGAGGCAGCACUGCAGCAGAUUCCAGAUGGUAAAGAUGUCAUUCUGGUAGUCCUGCAUCCCUUUUUUAACCCAGAGUGCACUGUACCUGACAGCAGCAGACUAGUGACCAGAAGUGAUGUAAUACUCACAGUGGACUGUCUGUUCCAUGAGAGUAAAGGAGGACUACUGAACUGUCCUCGCAACAAAGCAGCAGUUGGUAACAUUCUGAACCGGCUGAACAUGAAGCCAAAGGUGAUAGAUGUUGUCAUGGACAGCCCUGAUCUCAGAAACAGGCCACACCAGUUUCUUGGAAGGAGGUCAGGGAUGGUGAGAUUCUUCAUAUUUGUGGUUGGCAAUACCUUGGAUGCUCAUGUGGAUUUGACAAGACAUCUCGUCAUCAGAGGAGGCUGUACUGAAGUGAUGUCACAAGAGGAGAGUGUUGUCAUCAUGGCUUUCUGUCCCAUCGUCUCUCAUGCUGGGACUGAUAUUGAAGCAGCACUGCAGCAGAUUCCUGCUGGUAAACCUGUCAUUCUGGUAGUACUGCAUCACACCUUCAACCCAGAAUACACUGUACCUGACAGCAGCAGACUAGUGACCAGAGGUGAUGUAAUACUCACAGUGGACUGUCUCUUCCAUGAGAGCCAGGGACUAUUGGAGUGUCAUCGCAAUGAAGCAGCAGUCAAAGAGAUUCUGAAGAAGCUUGAUAUACAUCCUGAGAUGGUGUGUUCCUGUAUCCUUGGUUGCAUCAGGGCAGUCAGGCGUUGUUGCCAGAGAUCACCGUUUGCAUGUGUUGUUGGGCUUGUUAUUGUUCUUGUUCUUUUGUGUUUGGUGGUAUUUUUGGUUGUUUCUUUCUGGAAACAAUAAGGUUUAUCGAAAUAACCUAAUGGAAAUAGAGCAAGUAGGUCUAAACAGCAAUAGAGGAAUAAACUGUAGAAAUUACACAGACAACACAGAUAAACUGACUUAAUUAUACAUUAAAAAUAAUAAAUAAAGCCUAAUAAAGCACCUACUCUACCUACCUCUAUUUAUCAGGAUAGUAUAUUAGUUUAAGAUGGCACUAUGCUCACGUAAUAUUGUAGGCCUACUCUGAUUGUAUAUUCUGUGUUGUCACUUUAUUCUGCUUUGACUGCCCUUCUUUUAAAUAUUAAAGUCAUUGAAUUUCA